GCCCGGGAGGCGCCGGCGGGAGCAGGCCGGGCCAGGCGCCCCUCCGCAGCCCGCCGCCCUGCCCCGCCGGCGCCGCCCGCUGCGCCCGCACCCCUUCGCGGCCCGCCGCUUUGGUUCGAGCUGCGGGCAGUGCGUCCCCGGCCGGCGCCAGCCUAUCAAAGGCCCGGCGAGGCUGGCUGGCCGAGCGGCGGGGAGUGGGGAGGCAGGCCGGCCGGCUGGCCCGGGGGCCGCCCGUGCCCUCGCCAAGGCCGCCGCAAAGCCCUCGGCUCUCCACCCCCGCCCCGGCCCCUCGAUCGCCCGCCCGCCGAGCCCGUCUUUGACGCCUGCAGACCCUGACGCCGCCCCGUGCAUCCGAGCGAGUGGGCGACGCUCCUGCUCCAGCUCCGAGGAAAGCCGAGCAGGUGCCCCCCGGCGGAGGCGCUGGGCCGGGCCAUGGGGCCCUCUUCCCUGCGCCCGGCUAACAGGGCUGGAGCUGCAAGAGCCGGACUCGGGCCCAGCAGCACUCGAAGGCGCCCUUCCACCCGCGAACAUACCGCCUCGUGUCUGGCCUCGUCCUCUGGAUUGCCAGCUGCCUGCAAAGCAGAAGGGCCCACAGAGGCUAAGGAGGAUGCGAGUCACCUCCAGCCCGGGAAAAGUUCCAGCUGCCCCCCCCUUCCAUACUCUCGAAAGCUUUGGAAAUCUAGUGGGUCUUUAAGGCGCCACUGGACUCGAAUCCAGCUCUUCCACUACAGACUCACAGGCUACCCAUUUGGAACAAGGCUGGGAUUCUUACCCGUUUGGAAAGGGUUGCUUCACUCUGAAUCGCUGUAUGAGAAGCUCUUCCAGAGCGAUCAGCAGGAACGACCUGCUGAAAUUGACCAAUCGUGUCUCGAUGGACUACGCCCAUGCCGGAAUAUGGCAGAUAACAGGCAGGUGUCUGUCAUCCCCCUCCUGUGCCUUAGCCGGCUCCUUAAGUUUUUAUCUGCUGGUCCUGCUGGAAUGGACAGGAAGGAAAAGGCUGAGACUACAACAGGAAAGAGCAGGAAAUUUGCUUCUGGACUGAGAAAACGCAAGAAGUCACAGGCUGUGAAGGCUGCCAGAAACCGCGUGUUUUCCAGGACUGUUCUCUAUCUAAAAAGAACAUCUCUGUUUUUAAACCUAACAUAACUACAUGCACAUAUAAAAACAGAGCCUGGUGUGUAUCAAAGACUGAAUUCGCCAGAGGUUAGGCCCGAAAUCUUUCUAUAAUGACCGUGCUUAGCUCUGGAAGAGAAAAAAAUGACUAUGAGCAUGUGUAGAGCGCCUCUUUCUUAUUACUGAUUUACCACAACCAUCAUUCACACAAUUACAGGGAAAGUUUCCAAGUUGGAUCUUCAUGGUUUCCUAUUUUAGAAAUUACACUCAGCCAGUCCCCAAGCUGUAUAAAUGCUGACGUUUUGUUUCUCAUCCUUUCGUGACAAAUUUUUACUUUGGGAUGUAUUUCGUACACCUUUUAGUCUAUUGUAACCCGCUCCACUCUCCCAGCACUACAAUACCAUUAGUGCCAAUUGUAUUAAUAAGCAACUCAUAUAGCUUGAGAAACUGCAACCCAGUCAUAUUGAAUUUCCCCGCAUUGAGUUCCCAGGUUUGAUAUUUGAUACGGCAACCUUACAAAGAGCGGAGACGGGCAUCCUUUAGAGAACUGCUGAAGACAGCUAAUUGUGGAAAGAUCCAGAAGAAGGAAAUCAAGAUCCUUUAGAAUCUAGCGGGUUUGAAUUUGCAAUGUAUUUCUGCUCAGCCUGGAAGUGUGCAAAGAUUCAUUGACAUGGCCACAAAAUGAAGCUAAUUCUGAAUCAGAAAACAGCAGACCACCAGCUCUCUUGUUUCCACAGUGGCCCUAGUUGAGAAGGACUUGUUUGGAAUAUUUACAUCCCACGCGCACAUAGCAGCUUCCAGCAAAAGUUAAGAAAACAGCCUAGCUAGUAAGCCAUUUAAAAUAUCUGGAACAAUCUAAUUUUAAAUCCAACGUUAAUAUCAGUAAAAACACAGCAGCAAGAUAAUCUAAAAAAACCAAACGGCCACAAUAGCAGCACUAACCUGAUAAAAUUGGCAUGUGCGUGUUAAAAAACAAUAUGAAAAGAUCCACGAUUGCAAAGAAUGCCAAACAAUACAUCAAAAAGGCAGAGAAAGGAAGAAGGGGAAGGAGGAGGCAGGAUCAGCAAACACAAUAAAAUCAUCCAUUGGUUUUGUUAGUUUCUCUUGGCUCCUUGAUAUGUGGAUAGGAAUAAAUAUAACAUUAAUAAAUAUUCUAUAUAACAUUG